UUUGGUUGAGUGCGGGGGAGAAAGGAAAAAGGCAGAAAGAAAAAGAAAAAUUAUAUAUAAAGUUUUAAUUUUUAUCAGGUUUUGUUUUUGAUAAUUAUUAUUAUAUAGUAAAGAUAAAAGGUCUGAGAUUAAGAUCUUUCUUUUUUCCAUUCCUCAUUCCCAGCUAAACCCAGAAUUUUCUCGAGGAAAAUAAGGAACUACUCUACAAAGUUGUGAUUUUUAUGGUUUCCUAUAAAGCUGCGAAUAAUUUGGUUUCAGAAGAUCAUCGGAGUAGCCGACAUCCUUGUGAUUUAGCUCACUUCUUCUGAGGUUUUGGGGGGAUUAAUGAAGUUGUGUAAUAUUGCAGCAAUCUGAACUCUAAAGGUUGAUUCUUUUCUUCUGUGUUUGUUCUUCUGCUCUUGGAUAAGAUGUCAGAAGGACUGGAAUUUUAUGACGAAACGAGAGAGAGAAAAUCGGAUGUUGAGAAUUCAGAAGAUGAAAGGCGGCGAUCUGGAAUUGGAGCAUUGAAGAAAAAGGCAAUAAAUGCUUCGAGCAAGUUAACUCGUUCACUCAAGAAGAGAGGAAAACGGAAAAUAGAUUACAGGGUUCCUUCAGUUUCCAUAGAGGAUGUUCGUGAUGCGAAAGAAGAGAGUGCUGUAAAUGAAUUGCGUCAAAAGCUUCUUGACCUAGAUUUACUGCCAGCCAGACAUGAUGACUAUCACACACUAUUGAGAUUUUUGAAAGCCAGAGAUUUCAGCAUUGACAAAACCAUUCACAUGUGGGAAGAAAUGCUUAACUGGAGGAAGGAGUAUGGAACGGACGCAAUAUUGGAAGAUUUUGACUUCCAUGAGCUUGAAGAAGUAUUGCAAUACUACCCUCAAGGGUAUCAUGGUGUUGACAGGGAGGGCAGACCGAUAUAUAUUGAAAGGCUUGGGCAAGCUCACCCGAGCAAACUAGUGCGGUUAACCACAAUAGAACGGUACCUGAAAUAUCAUGUCCAAGAGUUUGAGAGGGCCAUACAAGAAAAGUUCCCGGCCUGCUCUAUUGCAGCGAAGAAAAGGAUCUCCUCAACCACUACAAUAUUGGACGUGCAAGGCCUGGGAAUGAAAAACUUCACAAAGACAGCUGCUAGUCUUUUGGCAGCUGUGACAAAGAUUGACAACAAUUAUUAUCCUGAGACCCUGCAUCAAAUGUUUAUUGUUAAUGCUGGAUCUGGCUUCAAAAAGAUGCUUUGGCCUGCUGCACAGAAGUUCCUGGAUGCAAAGACCAUUGGUAAAAUCCAGGUCUUGGAAUCUAAAUCCAUGGGCAAAUUGCUUGAAUUUAUUGACCCAAGUCAAUUGCCCGACUUCUUGGGUGGGUCUUGUAGUUGCCCCAUUGAGGGAGGCUGUCUAAGGUCUAACAAGGGUCCCUGGAGUGAUCCAGAUAUAAUGAAGCUUGUAAAUAAUGCAGAGGCAACAUUGGUGAGACAGGUUACUAGAGUACGUAGUAACCAACAGAACAUCGAUUCCUAUGUUCAGCUCUGCCCACUGAAGGGGAGAAUCAGCGAUAAAUCAAGAAUUGAAUCCCUUUCAGACAUUGAUGAUCCCUAUGCUCUGUGUGAACAAAGUAGCAGCACGUGUUCAAGGCUUGCCCCUGUUCUUGAAGAAGCAAGGGCAUCGAACUCAACUCCUUAUUAUAGUUGUGAUGAUGGCUUAAGCUCGAGUGAUAGAGAAAUUAGCGGUGAGCAAGUAUUACAUCAUUAUCAAGCUCACUCAUCUGAAAGGAAUGAUAUGGAUUCAUAUGCCUAUGGAGUACCAAAUUCUCAAGGUGCCGUUUUGAUUCAUUGGUUAGAUGACGUCCAAGAAAAGCUCGUGAACAGAUGUUUCAGCUUUCUGACAAGAAGAGUGAUAUCUUCCACGCUCAAACUGUUUGCGACUAUCCGGACUCUCCCUUUCGAGUCCUGGCGGAGACAGACAGACGUUUACCCUUCCAGUCUUUUGGAAGAGAAGCACGAUUGUCGUUUACCUAGUAAUAAUGAAGCUGCGAGUGAAGAAGACCGUCUCCAUCCGUGUAUUGAACGCCUUCAGAGGCUUGAACAAUUAAUCGAAGAGCUAAACAAGAAGCCUUCUGAGAUGCCAUUGGAGAAGGAGCGAAUGCUGCAUCAAUCCUUGGACAGGAUCAAGUCCGUAGAAUAUGACCUAGAAAAAACAAAGAGGGUACUACACACAACGGCAAUGAAGCAGCUUGAAAUUACGGAGUUGCUGGAGAAUUUACGAGAAUCCAGCAUUCAACGACGGAGGUUUUUGUGUUGAGUUUUUAUGGUUGAGACUCGAGGUUUCUAACAAAGGACGAGUAUUACUGCUAACCCCCCGAUAAUAUGGCUGUUUGGCUCGUGCACACUGGACACACUUCAAAAAUUACAGACGUUCGACAGGAAGAGUUUUCGACAGACAAGAAAAGAGUAUUAACGCUAACCCUACAGCUACAAGGAUGUUGGGCACGUGCACACUGUCGAGUCGAGAAUUUUACUCGAUGAACAGCUUUUGUAAUGCUCGGUUUUCUUGAUUACAAUGAUGCAUAUACUAAACUGUUUUAAGCUUGGAUUAUGUAUUUAUAGUAUGCAUCUUUCUGGUUAUAAGACUGAAUGUACAACAUUGGACAAUGUUGUAAGUUGUAACUAACUUCCUGUUGGAACCUGAUGCUUCUCAUUAAACUUUGUGAAACUGAAAAAGAAAAUUACUGUUAUGGCCUCAAAUUAAACAAA